AUGACAUCAUCUCGUAUAUUUCUUGUAAUAGAGAAGGAUCUAUAUACUAAUUUUAGGCAAGCAGCACAUUUGGCUGAAAAUUGCUCAACUAAUAAGCAAAGUCAAACAUCUCAAACACAAAAUGCUGCUCUAACUUGUUCAACUGAUCCAAUAGACAAUGAAUACAUUCCCCUAACGCAAAAAAUAUUUUCCUCUACUUCUAUACCAUCGACUAAACCGGAUAAACAUAUUCUACCAUCUACUCAUGUUGGAGAAAGCACUGAUUUUUAA